UGUGAAAUCAGAAUCAAUGUAUCCAUUCUUAUUGCUAAGCAUUAUAUGCUCAGAAACCAUCUUGAAACUGGGAUCCUAGGCUGGCUUCUAUAGUGGCAGGUCAGACAUGUGUGACACUGAAUCUGAAGUGUCUCUGUAGUGAAAUAAGAAGGGGAGACGUGUUUCCGUUUUAAGUAAGUGUUGGGAAGGGAAGCCACCCAAAGAGAAGGAUGUGGAUGGCUCUGUUCUUAAUUGCAUGUAUAUUGACUCCGUGAAAUGGCAGGGUCACCUUCAUGAUUUUUCUCUCCCAAAUAGCAGUGUUAGUGUUCCGGGUGACACAGUGCAGUCAGUUCAGUCAAGUUACAAUCCCUUUGAAGAUGAAGAGGAUACUGGAAGUACUGUCAGUGAAAAGGAGGACAAUAAAAUCAAAAAUGUUAGCAGCUCGGAGAAAAACCAAAGUUACUCUGCGGACUGGUCCGACGAGGAGACCAACAAUCCUUUUUCAUCUAAUGAUGCUCCUGCAGAAACAAAUCCAUUUGAUGAGGAUACAUCCCCUACGAUGGAAGUUAGAGUACGGGCAUUGUAUGACUAUGAAGGUCAAGAGCUCGAUGAACUCAGUUUCAAGACUGGGGAAGAGCUAACUAAAAUAGAAGAUGAAGAUGAACAGGGUUGGUGCAAAGGCCGCUUGGACAAUGGGCAAGUUGGACUCUAUCCCGCAAACUAUGUUGAGGCAAUCCAGUGACAAAGAGUUGUAUAGAAGUGCUGUAGUAAUUGUCAGUCGGUAUGCAGUUGGUGGCCCGCCAUGAAGAGAACUGAAAUGUGUUGAAAUUGUAUAUAUUUCCUUUAAUGCAAAUGAAUGAUGGAUUGAAAUAUGUGUUCCCAGGGGACAAGAUAACAAUUCAGACUGAAACUGGGAAAGGUUGGCAGCUUAUGCACAGCACAAAAUAACCAGGCCAGAGUGGAAAUUUAGUUGGCAAGAAAAUGAUAUUCUUAGAACUUAUUGCCAAUUUACUGUUUUAUCAUGCCUUAUGUAUAUUUUCAAAUUUGCUGCUGCCUCAACCCCCAUUUUUCUGGGUGGUGGCUUGCAUUGAUUCUUGUUUAAAUCACUUCUUUUAAGUGACCUAUAAUAAUUUGCAAUAAAUUGCAACUUAUUUUUUUAAUUGCAAUUUUUUAUCUGUUCUUAGCAAUAUUUGAAAGAUGCAUUUUUUUAAUUUAAAGACUAUGUAGCCUGCCAUCUUUUCAUGCCUGAUUCAUCUACUACUACUUAAGUUAUGAAUUUGAUUAUUCCUCAGUUUACAUUGUACUGUUAACUUUUCCAUGCCUUAAUGGUGUAAAAUGCCAAAUUGCGUCUGUUACAUAACAUUGUAGCAUACUGUCUGCAAAUGUUAGUUUGGGUUUCUGGAAUGCCAUUGAUGCAUUUUGGCACCAGAAACAUGAAUUUUCCAAAUUACGACUUCCAAGAGGAUUUCUAAAAGUAUAAUAUUUAAAACUAUUUCCAUCAUAUUCUUGCUGAGAAAUUUACAUUUUGCAAGAUGUUAAUGAUUUUGUGCAAUUUGGAAACGUCUACGGAGAUUAUUUUUUCAAGCAAAAGACUGUAAAAUAGAUUAAUGCUUUUUUUAUUGAGAUGCUCUUUAAGUUGUGCAUAUGUGUAUAUAUAAUUUGAUAUUCAAAUGUUUAAAGAGCAUAUCCUAAUUAGCCAGCCUAUUGUCUAUGCAUUAGAUUUAAGGUGGAGUCCAGCACUAGUAAAUGUGAGUUUGCUAUCCAUGUCAGUGGGACGUUGCAGCUCUAGAGCAAGCCAUUUAAAUUAUAACAUAUUUAAAUUGUGCUUUGACAGUGCUUACUCAUUUAAACAUAAAGUAGAUCAGCUGCUCAAGCCAGUCCACUGUGGAUGUAGUAGCUGGGAGGGAUUGUCCUAAGGAUAUAGGAGCCCAGUUUUGACCCUCUUCCAUAUGGAGUGAUUUCAGGAGGAAGAGACCUGCAUGCACACAUAAUACGUCCCUGUCCACCCCAAUCUCCCUUUCCUUGAUGGAGGUGGAGGAGUGAGGGCUGCCUGGGAGUUGCAAGGUACGCACAAGAUUCCCACUCCUUGUAAAGGCUGGGGUGGGGCGGGGGGAGAAGACCAGUCUUCCGCUAUGCAUUCCUGGGAUCCUCCUGUGGGCCCUGCAUCCACAGUACACUGGAGUGAGGCCUAAGUAUUAUGUGACUUUGAUUCUCAAAUAAGAUGAACAUAGUAGUUACAUCCUAAUAUUAAUAUUUGUAGGUAGAAUCGUGGCUCCAAAUAUAAACUCGCAGUAGCCCCACUGUGGAUUAUUGUAGCAGAACACUGUAAAAUCUACUUGUUUGAAGUUGCAAAUCAACUGUAAAAGUGUGAAAUUGUAUACAUUUGUAGGAGAUCAAAUAGCUGGAUUGUUGAACAUGUUGGAACAAGUUGCUUUAUAGAAAAUCUAAAUCUUAUCCGAUAAGUAGAAAUGCUAUUUUAGGGAACUACACUGUAAUUGAAAUAACUUUUUGGCAAUUAAAAUGCUGUAAGUGCUCCUGGUAUUA